AUGCAGACCCUCGGCGCGAAGAGUGCCGCCGAUCUCGACAAAGAGCUCAUGAGCGAAGAUGGAGGCUUCACCAUCGAUCAAUUGAUGGAACUGGCGGGCUUGAGUGUUGCAGAGGCAGUGUACAAGGUCCAUCCGCCCUCGAAAGGGAAGAAUGUCCUGAUCACCGCCGGACCUGGCAACAACGGAGGUGACGGUCUCGUCUGUGCCCGCCAUCUGCACCAUUUCGGCUACACACCACGCAUCUACUAUCCAAAGCCGACGAAAGCGGCCAUCUUCACCGGCCUCCAGAAACAGCUGAACCACCUUCACAUUCCUUUCCUGACAUCGUUGGAAGAGUUCACCUCUGCUCUGGCCAGCUCGGACCUGGUCAUUGAUGCCCUAUUUGGAUUUAGCUUCAAACCCCCCGUCCGGGCCCCGUUCGACACGGUCCUGUCGGCCAUCAUCGACAGCAAGAAGCCCGUGCUUGCCGUGGACAUUCCUUCGUCGUGGGAUGUCGAGGGUGGACCGCCCGAGCAAGGCCAGCUCGGCAGCGAGUUCAUGCCAACAUACUUGAUCAGCUUGACCGCGGCCAAGCCGUGCGUCCAGUGGUUCAAAGGCGAACGACACUUCAUCGGCGGCAGGUUCCUGUCGGCAGAUGUCGCCGGCAAAUAUGGCCUAGAUGUGCCGCCAUAUGAGGGCGUUGACCAGAUUGCCGAGGUUCCUGUCGAUGUUUCUGUGGAGAAGUUGUGA